ACACAACAGUAACAACCGAGUCUUAGUUUUUAAGCUUUAAGGUAGUUUGUAGUUGGGAAGUUUGUGGUGUCACUUAGUCAAUAUGUACAAAUACGUAGCGGUCUUUCUGGUCCUGGUGCAUUGUUCGCUAUCGGAUUAUCCAACAUAUUUCAUAAAACAAUGUCAAAAGCACGACGAGAACGUGAACCAAUGUCUGAAGCAGUCGGCGAAUUUCUUGGUGUCCAACAUGCGUCAAGGCAUCCCAGAAAUUGGGAUAACGGAACCCGAGCCAAUAGUGAUCGACGAGAUCCAGUUAGCUUUGGGAAGUGGACCGGAUGGAUACAGGGCCGUAUUCAAGAACAUCAGGGCCUUCGGCGUCAGCAACGUCACCGUCACUAACGUUAGGUCAGACAUUGACACAAACCAAUUCCAAAUAACUAUGUACAUUCCAAAGAUUUCCGCCAGGGCUCAGUAUGAAUCGUCUGGGGUGUUGAUCUUGGUUCAAGCUUCCGGAGGUGGAGACUAUUGGGGAGAAUAUGAGGGUGUGAAAGUCAAAGUUUACUUCAAAGCCCAACCAAUAAAUGUUGGUGGAAGAACUUACCUAAGACUGCAACAACUGAAAAUGGAUUUCAGCGUAAAAGAAAUCAGUAUGGGUGUUGAAAACGUCCAUAACGGAAAUAGUGUUUUACAAGCUGCUUUGAAUCUGUUCAUCAACUCCAACGGCCAAGAGUUGCUGAAAGAAAUGAAACCAGCGCUUAAGAAGAAGCUGAUAACAUUGAUGAAGAACUUUGUCGAUAAUUUGUUUGAAAAGAUCCCUUACGACGCGUGGAUCGUAUGAAGUACCUAAUUUAUAUUAGAUUCGUUAAGAAUUUUUGAUUUCACAAAGAUGUAUUUAAGUAUUUAUUAAGUUAUUAAUAAAAUGUAUUAAUAGUU